AUGGAAGAAGUCCCAAACUACACACAAGUGCGUGAAGGUGAUCAUGCUAUGGUAGCCUGGAGGAUGCCUCGCUAUCAAUAUGAAUUCUACAUCAUGACACCUAGUGGGGAUAAGUUGAUGGCUUUGGAUUCCAAUAAGGUCUACAUUCUUCCUAAGUACUGGCUCAGAACCAGGAUGGUGGAGGUUGUUACCUCCCGUAACACCAGCACCUAUGUCUUUCGUCUCUACAAUGUUACACUAGCUGAUGCUGGGAGAUACAGCUGCAGGAUAGAGAAAAGUGCAACCAAGAUCUACAAAAUGACUCAGUGUACACACGAUUUGAUCGUCUCAAGUCCUGACGUCAGAGACUCAAACGCCGUCAUGACAUCGCCUGUUCCAGAGAGAAGCCCCCCUGAUGUGACUGUUGUCGUUGGGUGUUCGAUAGUAGCCUUUACAUUGAUCCUUCUUGCAACCAUAUUCCUCAUUCGACUGGAGCAUAUCAGAGAAUACUGGUCUGUCAGGUUUCGUCAGUCGUAUCUUACACCUACCCAGACUACACAUGGCCCACAUGAACAGGAGGGGGUUGACGAAUACGCUGUCAUUGAGGACACAGAUGGCUCCGGUUCGGUCUUUUAUCACAUGCAGUCACCACGUGCCAGCAGCUCCGACUAUGAGGAAGUUAGACCAUUUCCUUCCCUUGACGCUCAAACGUCAGCUGAACCAGGAACUGUUGAUAACACUGAUGCAGAAAACUCAAACUGA